AUGCCUGCAGCCACUUCCUCGUCACCGCCUCCAAUUCAAGGAGCUGCUGAGGAGAGCAACGAAAUUUUGGUUACGCUUGAGGUCGAGCAGACCUUUGAGCAAACCCGAUUUGAUAUCAAUGAGCUCAUUGGCAUACCCCUAGGCAAUGAGUCAUGGAUGUCUUGUUUUGUGCCAACACCUCAAAUAGAGCCCAAAACUUCCGAUUGGGAUCAAAUAAAGACAGCACCGGGGAUAUGCGUUAUUGGGAAAACCUGUGACGGCAAGUUUUACGAAGUUGCUGUUUGUAAGUCAUAUUCUCCGUGGCUUGUUGGCCACGAAUUUGAGUUUGAGCUGGACCUUCAUUACAACCGGACGGAACCAGCAGAUGCAGAAGUGCGGGUCUAUGGGAUAUUGCCAGCGAGAAAGAGAUCUCAUGCUCACUUCCUCAAAAAUGUCAUCAAGGAGAUCUCGUUUGGGCGGGGGCGAAGGUUCGAACAAUAUUGUCGUCGCAUUGCUCCAUACGAAUUACAAAUACCGCUUGAACGAGCUAUCUUAAACCACCACGUCCUAGUAAACUCAACUUCGCCACUCCCAAAUAUUCAUACUAACUUUUCUCAGAAAUCCAAUUCUCAGAUCCGCAAUGAACUUUGCCAGUGGCUUGUGCUCAUCGGCCUAAGCUUAGACUCCAAUUGCAGCCUUGUCUCCGAACUCGUUGGGAAGGACCAAGAUCAACUACUCCAGGGCUUUCGGCAAGACCAUACGGAUCUCCUCGAAGACAUACCGAAAAGUCAACAGAAUGCAGAAUUUCAUCGCAUUUCACUUCACUGGUUGCUAUUUGUAUCAUGUGGCGCAAAGCAUGAUUUCAGACCACGCAAGUUUGACCCGAGAUACACAGCUGGCGAGAAUGCCAACAUGAUCGGUUCUCUUAUUGGCAUUAAAGGGUCGAACCGUUUUGGGCACUUUGACUUGCAAGCAAUGGCCAAUGCUCUUUCACAUUCCAAGGUCUUCACCAAGUACGACAUUAGCGUGCUAGGCAUUACGAACUUAGCCAGCAAAAUAAUGAAAUCCCUUCCAAUCGGUUUCCAAGAAGGCUACUUGGAUCUUCCGACCGAGGUGUUAUACAGAAUUGGCACAGGAGCGGUAAAUGAAGCUCGCACAUACUGGUCACACAUUUACCACCGGCAACCUUCCCUCAAGAAGUCAGACAACAAUAUAUUACUGCUUUUGAUCUGGAGCUCAAUAACCAGCGAUGUCGCUCGAAACUUCAGCGAAUGGGCAGCCUCAGAUGAUGGUUUGAAUCUACGUCGACGACUUCUCAAAGACGUCCAGAAAUCUCAAACAACGGAGCAGCUCGCAUUGACCCUAGCCGCCUGGCUAUGUUUUCAACGACUUUUCCCUUGCUCUUCCGAUACUACACAGCCUAUCAAAGGUUCUUUCUUGGCGGAUUUCCAUGCUCUUCUAACAGGCGAGCGACUCAGCAACGAGUGUACGGUCCUUGAGCAUAUGAUAUCUUCACUCUUUCGGGCUCUCAAUAACUUGGGAGGCGAUUAUCAAGAUACAUGCCAACUUCUUAACGCUGUGCUUGACACAGACACCCUCGCUCUGUGA